AUGCCGACCGAAGAAAGACUCAACGAGAUGCGUGGCUACAAGGCCGCGCUGAGAAACCCGAAAGUUGGACAAGAGGCGAAGCAAAAUGCACAAGCCAUGCUUAAUGAGCUUGGCGGUGAUCAGCCUCGCGAGGAACUACAUAAGGCCAGAGGUGAUCAAAACAAAGACCCGGUGAGGGUCUCGGCUGGACUUAAAGCCGCGCAGCAUAAUCCUAUCGUGACAGAGGGCGGGAAGCAGAGAGCUGCUAAGAAGAUGGAGCAGAGAGGUGCUCCGGAGGAGUAG